GCUGAUGGAGGAGUGUGCCGACGCGCUGCUGUACUGCCACGGGCGCAAGGUGAUUCACCGCGACAUCAAACCCGAGAAUCUGCUGCUCGGCCUCAAGGGGGAGCUCAAGAUCGCCGACUUCGGGUGGUCCGUGCACGCGCCGUCCCUCAGGCGCCGCACGCUCUGCGGCACGCUGGAUUACCUGCCGCCCGAGAUGGUGGAGGGCGGCGGGCACGACGAGAAGGUGGACCUGUGGUGCCUGGGCGUGCUGUGCUACGAGCUGCUGGCCGGGCACCCGCCCUUCGAGAGCCCCUCGGCCGCCGACACCUACCGCCGGAUCACGCAGGUGGACCUGCACUUCCCGCCGCCGAUCCCAGGGGGCGCUCGGGAUCUGAUCCAGCGGCUGCUGCGGCGGGAGCCGGGGCAGCGCCUGAGCCUCAGGGGGGUGCUGGGGCACCCCUGGGGGGAACAUUCCAGAAGGGUGCUGCCCCCCGGCUACUGCCCCUGACCCCUGACCCCUGACCCCUGACCUCUGACCAUCCCGGUGCUGGGGCACCCCUGGGUCAGGGAACAUUCCAGAAGGGUGCUGCCCCCUGGGUACUGCCCCCCCUGACCCCUGACCUGUGACCCCUGACCAUCCCUGAUCCCCCUUGGACCCACUGACCCUUGACCCCUCCAGAACCCUCUGGACACUGCCCGCUGACCUUUGACCCCUUGGACAAUGACCCCUGACCCCCGGGACCCCCUGGACACUGACCUUUGACCCCUUGGACACUGACCCCCCAUGACCCCCUGGACACUGACCUUUGACCCCUUGGACACUGACCUUUGACCCCUCAGGACCUUCAGACACUGCCCAGUGACCUUUGACCCCUCAGAACCUUUGCACACUGACCCUUGACCCCCUGGCCGCUGACCUUUGACCCCCCAGGACCUUCAGACACUGCCCACUGACCCUUGACCUUUGACCCCCCCGGACCCUCUGGACACUGACCUUUGACCCCUUGGACACUGACCUUUGACCCCCCCCCUCCACCCAAAUUUGGGAGGUGGGGGGAUGGGCACAGCCCCUCCCCCACCCCGGGACCCCCAAAUCCCCUUGGGGGGGGAGGGGCUGGGGGUGCCCCUCCCCCAUCAUUGGGGUGCCCCUCCCCCAUCAUUGGGGGGUCUCCCCCUCCCCCUUUUAUUUUUGGGGGGGGUCCCAGCCCCAUUUUUGGGGGGGGCUCCUCCCCCUGCUGCCAUUUGGGGUCCCCUCCCCCCCCGUUAUUUGGGGUGGGGUCUCC